ACCAACCCUUAAUUAGGUUUAGCCAGUUCGUGUGUUCGACGCUCCGAAACACGAGAGUGAAUAGACUGAACAUAAAUAGAUAUUGGUAACACCGGCACUUUAUUCAGGCGCACAAGCAGAAGCACUAGUAGAAGAAACAGGGGAUAUCAUCAUUCUAUCAGUUGCUGUUGAAUUCCAAAAAUGGCGGUGGCAUCAACAUCUCUAGCUUCUCAAAUGUCUGGCCCUAAAUCCGCCACUUCCAUUUCAUGCCCGCAGUUCUCUGGCCUCCGGAAAUCUCUCUCCAAGCUUGAUAACUCCGUUUCCUUCUCCACUUCUCAAGCUUUCUUCCAAAACGUCGAUUCUCACCUCCGACUUUCUUCUGACCGGAAAGGUUGUAGGGCCGUCGUCUCCAUGGCCGGCUCCGGCAAGUUCUUUGUUGGAGGAAAUUGGAAAUGUAAUGGAACAAAGGACUCCAUAAGCAAGCUUGUCUCUGAUUUAAACAGUGCUCAGCUCGAGUCUGAUGUUGAUGUGGUUGUAGCACCUCCCUUUCUGUACAUUGAUCAAGUAAAGAAUUCACUCACCGACAAGAUUGAAGUUUCUGCUCAGAAUUGUUGGACUGGAAAAGGUGGAGCUUUCACUGGUGAAAUCAGUGUAGAACAAGUGAAAGAUCUUGGCUGCAAGUGGGUCAUUCUUGGUCAUUCGGAAAGGAGACAUGUAAUUGGAGAAAAUGAUGAAUUUAUUGGCAAGAAGGCUGCUUAUGCUUUGAGCCAAGGCGUUGGCGUUAUAGCCUGUAUUGGAGAGCUGUUAGAAGAAAGAGAAGCAGGAAAGACUUUUGAUGUCUGUUUCCAGCAAUUGAAGGCUUUUGCAGAUGCUAUACCAAGUUGGGAUAAUGUUGUCAUUGCGUAUGAGCCUGUUUGGGCUAUUGGAACCGGUAAAGUUGCCUCGCCUGAGCAGGCUCAGGAGGUACAUGUAGCUGUCCGUGAUUGGCUUACUAAGAAUGUUUCAGCUGAAGUUGCUUCUAAAACACGCAUUAUAUAUGGAGGCUCCGUGAAUGGAAGCAACUCUUCUGACCUUGCAAAGAAAGAAGACAUUGAUGGUUUUCUAGUAGGAGGUGCUUCCUUAAAGGGUCCCGAGUUUGCAACCAUUGUUAAUUCUGUAACUGCCAAGAAGGUAGCUGCUUGAUCAUUUGUCAUGGAGAGAAUAAACAGCAUAGAGAAACUCUAGACAAUAAACUACUGGUUCAAUUUUGUGAAUUGAAAAUCUGAUGACAUUCCAACUCUUCCAGCCUUUGUACCAUGUUUUUCCAUCCAUCUCCCUCUAAUACAAGCAACACAAUGAGGUUUAUUAUUUUAGGCUGCUUGUAUUGCUGGGUUUGUACUGUUUGCUACUAUAAAUUAUAUAACCCAUAGUUGAGAUAUGUUUGAUUCGAGUUUACAAGGUUUACAGAUUACUUCCCCAA